UAGUAACGAGAAUUAGUCCAGUAUUCGAAGAACCAUAAAUGAGACACUCUGUAACAUACGAGUUGUUUGGGAAAACUUGUAAGAUGAAUCUUAUGAUGACUAUGUCAUGUGAAGAAGGAGGUCACAUAUAAGCGUUUGGUUUUCGCUGUUGACCGCCAUUCAGUAGAUUUGUGGCCGUGACCAUGAGUGUUUCUGCUGCAGUAAGAGUGACGUUGGUGUGCUUCGCGGCAAGUGUGAUCAGGGCGGACGUCGAUCACUACCACCUGAAACUGAGAGUCCCCUGUCUGGAGGAUGGCCGGUUCUACCGAAACCCCAGAGCAGAGCCCGAGAGGGUGUGGACUACUUCCGAAUGCUCGAAAUACUAUCUCUGUCUUGAUGGUGAAGUGUUUGGAUUCAAAUGUUCCACGGGCCUCCUCUUUGAUGUCAACAGGCAGAUAUGUGACUUUAAGUUAAACGUAGACAAUUGUGAUGUAGUGACAGAGGCAAAGGUGCCACGGCCAUUAUUAGAAGCUGCUGAAUGUGAAAAUCCUGACCACUUGGGAUGUGGAGAUGGCUCAUGUUUCCCCAGUCAGUUUUUCUGUGAUGGCAGUGUAGACUGUGCUGAUGGCUCUGAUGAGGGAUGGUGCGAUGCAGAUCAUGAUCCUAAUGCAGCUCUGCCCUGUGAUCCACAUACCUGUAGGCUUCCAGACUGUUUCUGCUCACGAGAUGGAACUCUUAUUCCAAGUAACAUGGAGCUUUCACAGGUUCCACAGAUGAUUCUGCUUACAUUUGAUGAUGCUAUCAAUUUUGAAAACUGGGACCUUUACACACAACAGCUAUUUGUUCCUGAGAGGAAGAAUGCAAAUGGUUGCCCAAUUCGUGCCACUUUCUAUGUCUCACAUCAAUAUACAAAUUACCAACAGACUCAAAAGCUAUGGAAUGAUGGUCAUGAAAUUGCAGUUCAUUCAAUCACACAUCGAGGACCUGAGGAGUGGUGGAGCAGUAAUGCUACAAUAGAAGACUGGUUUGAUGAAAUGGUAGGUCAAGCCAACAUCAUCAACCACUUUGCUGGUGUUCGAAUGGAGGACAUUAGGGGGAUGAGAGUGCCUUUCUUACGAGUUGGUUGGAAUCGACAAUUCCUCAUGAUGAAGGAGUUUGGUUUUGUAUAUGACGCCUCCAUGGUAGCCCCUUUCUCAGACCCUCCACUGUGGCCUUACACCUUGGAUCAUAAGAUACCACAUCAGUGUACUGGGAACAAUCAACGGUGCCCCUCCCGCUCUUACCCUGGCAUCUGGGAGAUGGUGAUGAAUCAGCUGGCAAUUGAUGAAUACACCUGUGCCAUGGUGGACAGUUGUCCACCUCACCUCUCAGGGGAGGAAGUAUACAACAUGCUCAUUCACAACUUCAAACGGCAUUACAACACUAACAGAGCUCCAUAUGGACUUUACUUCCACACAACUUGGUUCAAGAAACCAGAAUAUCUUGCAGCUUUUAGGAAAUUUUUGGAUGAGAUGGUUAAACUUCCUGAUGUGUGGUUUGUGACAAACUGGCAAGCAAUUGAAUGGAUGAAGAAACCAACACCAAUUAAUCAUCUAAGUGAAUUUGAACCCUGGAACUGCAAACGACAGCUGGAGCCAAAUGAACUUGCCUGCAAUAUUGGGAAGAGCUGCAAACUGCACAGUAGAGUCCUACAGACGGAUCGAUUUUUGUAUACAUGCUAUGAGUGCCCCAAACAGUACCCAUGGAUAAGAAACGAGUUUGGCCUAGAUUAAGGUAUACAUUACUAUAUGGAUAGAGAAUUAAAUCCAUCAUUUCCAGGGCACGUGUUGAUCUACAGUAAGUGCACAGCAGAUUAAAACUUCAGCAGAGCACUUUAAGAGUGUUAUGGAGAGUACACAGCAAAUCCUGAAGCCAAAAAUACCAACUUCAUAGUGUUGUAAGAAAAUUCAAGAACAUAUGUGAACCUCCUACUUCUCUGAGAUGUCUUAAAAUGGCUUACACUUUGGCUUUCUGAUACAUAAAAUCAUAAAUGUGAAUUAAUGUCAGUUAAUGUGAUAGACUGACAUGAGGAUAUUUGUCCAGUUCAACUUUACAGGUCUCUCUUUGACAUCCCUGAAUCUAUUAUCUAUAUAAAUAAAAAUGUAAAUGUUCGUUUUGAGUCUUACCUAAGAUCUCCGAAACUUCUUCACCGAUCGCUUCGAAAUUUUGAUACAACGUAGCAUUCGAACACCCGCGUGUUUCUGUGUGCCUAUUAUGUAGAUGUCACACCCGUGACAGGUAAAAACAGGUAAAAACCUGCCACAUGUUCCGAAUCCAGCAGUCG